AGAUGAAGGACAGGAGUGAUAAAAAAAGAAAAUGGGGAGAUCUUUAUGAGAAAUCACCACCUGUUAGCCUACAAGAAAAUCAGCCCUCAAGUACGCCUCAUAACAGAAUGAUACCUUAGCAUCAUCCUGCUUCGGGAGAGAAUCCUCAGCAAACUGUAGCCUCGAUUUGCUCCCGAGCAUUAGCUCCGCUGGGAAUAACACCGCUUACACAUACAGCCAGCCAGGACAAGUGACAGCGCUGCACUCCCGCCACCUAAAUCUGACAGCCAUGAUCCACAGAGGCCCCCCGCUACGGCUCAGAUCAGGGAUCAGCUCGCUGCUCGAUGGCUAGACCUCUGCACUCGAAGAGCUGGGGGCCUUUCUGCUGAGAUUCUCUCACUGCGUUGUAGCACAUGGAUUUCAAGACUUCGAAUGAAGAGACAAAGACUGGGAUUUAUUUGAUGCAAGAAGGUAAUGAGGAGCCGUUUAAUAUUCGACUACACUUGGUGAAAGACAUUCUGACCAUUCAGGAACAAGACGUCAUCUGCGUGUCGGGAGAACCUUUCUAUUCCAGCGAGAGGACCGUAACAAUCAGAAGGCAGACCAUUGGAGGGUUUGGUUUGAGCAUUAAGGGCGGAGCAGAGCACAAAAUCCCUGUUGUGAUAUCAAAAAUAUCAAAGGAACAAAAAGCUGAACUCUCUGGGUUGCUUUUCAUUGGAGACGGCAUCCUUCAGAUAAAUGGAAUAAACGUCAGGAGCUAUCGCCACGAGGAAGUGGUCCAGGUUCUAAGGAACGCGGGAGAAGAAGUGACUCUCACAGUGUCGUUCUUAAAGAAGACCCCAGCCUUUUUGAAGCUGCCGCUGUGCGAGGACUGCACAUGUAUCCCCAGCGAUCAGAGCAGCGGGACUUCGUCUCCUCUCUGUGACAGCGGCCUGCACCUAAACUACCAUCCCAACAACACGGACACGCUGUCCUGCUCGUCCUGGCCCACGUCUCCGGGGCUUCGCUGGGAGAAGAGAUGGGUGGACCUGCGCCUCAUCCCGCUGCUGCACUCUCGCCUGUCGCAGUACAUACCCGGCUCUGACGUCUGCAGGAAAAAUGCUUUCCAGGUCGUAGCCGUGGAYGGAGUUUGCAGCGGAGUCAUACAGUUUCCCACAGCCGAAGAUUGCUUGGACUGGCUUCAGGCAAUAGCGAGCAACAUUUCCGGUCUUACCAAGCACAAUGUGAAGAAGAUUAACCGGAAUUUUCCAGUAAACCAGCAGAUCAUCUACAUGGGCUGGGUGGACGAGAAGGAGCAGGACUCCGUUCAGGACCGGAUGUACUCGUCCAAGUUCCUCGCACUGAGAGGUUCCUCGCUCUUCAAGUUCACCGCGCCUCCCGUGACAACGUGGGACUGGACCAGAGCAGAGAAAAGCUUUACCGUGUAUGAAAUCAUGUGCAAGAUUUUAAAGGACAGUGAUCUUCUGGAUAAAAGGCGACACUGCUUCAGCGUCCAGACGGAGACCGGGGAAGACAUGUUCUUCAGUGUGGAGCUGGAGGGCGAGCUGCUGAUCUGGGAAAAGGCUUUUCAGAUGGCCACUUUCCUGGAGGUGGAGAGAAUACAGUGUAAAACGUACGCCUGCAUCAUGGAAAGCCACCUCAUGGGGCUCACGGUGGACUUCAGCAUGGGUUUCGUUUGCUUCGACGCUGCUUCAAAGGCAGUGCUGUGGAGAUACAAGUUCUCACAACUGAAAGGAUCGUCCGAUGAUGGGAAAAGCAAGAUUAAAUUUCUAUUCCAAAAUCAAGAAUCCAAAUCUAUUGAGGCAAAAGAGCUGGAGUUCUCGAACCUCUUCGCCGUGCUUCACUGUAUUCAUGCUUUUUUUGCUGCCAAAGUUGCUUGUCUGGACCCAAUGUUUGUGGAGAGCCAAGGCACUGCAACGACCGCCGGGAUACCUUCUCUUUCCAGCCUCUCCUGCAACUCACAGACUCCUAAACUGAAAUACACCACUUGACAGGCGCUGCUUUCUCCGAACUCCCUUUCAAAAGAGACCAAACACUUGUUUGUCAGCACCGAAGAUGGCGGACAGGUCAACGUGGAUCAGGACGCAGGUUGUAUGGCCGACAUGGACCGGUGGAAUAAAAGACCUCUACGGAUUUUAGGAGCACCUUUGGACCUGAAAUUGAACUUUUACUUUGAACAACUUCACACAGAGACACGAUGAACAUAARUUGCGAUAGAUUUUAUUUUAUUACAUUUUUCUUUUGGCACCUCASUCAAGAUAUUGGACAAAGAAAUGCAGAUAUUUUCCCACAUUAGUUUGCUUUUUGUAAUGCAGUUCUSUAAAUCUGGGGUUAGAUGCAUAGAACUUAGUUUUUUUUUUCUUCAGUAAUGUGUGCACACAAAAGCAGAAAUUAUUAUUUGUGCCCUAUUUGUAAAACCGCAGAUUUGUAUGGUUCUUAUAUCUACAGUCUAUAUAUAAAUCUGAAGAAAAAUGCAGGAUUAUUUCACACAACUGCAGUUAUUUGUAAAAGUCAGAGUCAGAUAAAGCGAUGAUAUAAAAAAAUCAUAAUUUAAAGCUAAAUUUGUUGCCUUUUCCUGUUUUGUUUCACCAUAUCAGACUGAGAUUGUUCCUAAAAUGAUUAUACGCAUUUUAAAAUGUGUGUUUAUGCAUCUAGCCCCUGGAGUUAAAGUGAUACCUCAAAAUUGUUUUAAGUGGUGUUUAUGUUGAAAGGCUAUGAAUAACAAAAAUCUUACCUGUUGUAGAUAACUAAUUGAUUGACCUCAUUUUGGAGUAAUAAAGGUUUCUGUCUGGACCUAUGA